AUGCUGAUGAACGGAAACGGAGAACCACCUAACGGGAACGGGAUUGGAACGGAUGAGAGUGAACGGGGGGAGCUGAGCGAGGAAGCCGGGGCGUUAGUCGGAGAAGAGAUGAUCCUACCGUCUUGGUUGUGGGAGCAAGAUGGGCGAGCGAACCCGCAUGGUACGUUGUGCAGAGUCUGUAGCGGUGGAAGAACGGCGGUGCUGCAGUUGGAGAUAACAGGGUAUCGAUGCGAAGGGCUACUGGACACGGGGGCAUCAAGGAGUUUUAUUCAACCAACGGUUGUAGAAAGGUUGGGGCUAAGAACGAGAGCACUGUCAGAGGAGUAUUUCUUCACGGUAGCAAACGGGGAAAAUAUCAAGAUACAUAGAGAAGUGCCGCGACUUGCCAUAAUUUGCGGAGGCGAAUGUUUCACGGGAAAUUUCCUUGUAGGACAGGUGCCAUAUGCGGUGAUUCUAGGAAUCGAUUGGCUAGAUAGGUACAAGGUUGCGUGGUUUUUCGGAUCGGAUAAGCUGAGAACGUAUGUAAAGGGCAAGGUGUGCGAUUUACCUGUGCUACGAAAGGAGGGAGAAAGACCCACGGAAAUUACGGGAAAGGGUGAUACAGGUGCGAUUUACCUGUGCUACGAAAGGAGGGAGAAAGACCCACGGAAAUUACGGGAAAGGGUGAUACAGUCAAAACCGAGGCGGAUCUGGCAUAUGAGGAGUUGGCGAAGCAGGUAG